UCGAAACGAUUAUAGGUUUUUCCUGUCGAAAGAAUUAAAUUUGUGUCGAAAGAAUAUUUUGGCCGUGUGGGUUCUUGCGUGUCUUUCCAUUGAUCUCGAAUUUGGUCUCUGUGUCAGUGUAUGGCUUCGUCUCUGUGACAAUGGCGGAUUUUCAGAACAAAACCCUUCACGGGAUUUAGACAGCAGCAUCUGAAAAAACAGGUAAAAUCACCGGAGAAACCGUCACACUGAUUCUGUCUCCCAAUCGUAGCUUCUGUCUCUGUUCUUGAAAAAAGGUCAUUUUUUUUAAUCUCCUCUGUUCAUUUUUUGUUCCUUUAUUGCUCUUUGAUUCGUUUGUACCAAUUCCUGGAAACAAAAAUAGCUGCAAAACGUGAGGCUAGUCUAAGGAACUUGUUUGGUCAAGCCCUCUUGAUUUUCCUCGGGGAAGAAGGCUGCAAUAGACCUCCAUUGAUCUGUUUAAGCUGUUUGUGUUGGUGAGUGAGUGAGAGAGAGAGAGAGAGGGAGAGAGGGGGAGAGAGAGAGAGGAGGGUCUGAUUCGGUAUCUAGGAAUUGCUUGUGAGGAAAUGAGGCAAAUCAAUAGGGUUUGGAGUGUGGAGUUUCUCCAUUUGUAAGGUUGAUGUGCUCUAAAGACUUGGAGAGAAUCGAGAAAUGGGCGAUGGAGAAACCGAAGAUUGUGAAUUGGGAUGAAGAGGAUUGCCAAAGCGGCGGUUCUUAUGGAGCAAUGUUGCAUGAGCUAAGUGAUGGAUUAGAGGGUUUGCUGAAAGAUGGUUCGGGUCAAAAGUACAUAAUAGAGAAUGGAGCUUUGGUUUUCGGAAGUAAGCAUACUGUCAAUGGAAUCGAUGGAUCGGAGUUGAAAUUGCUCGACUCAAGGAAAAGACUUAGAGAAAGCAGCAGCGACGAUGAAGAAACGUCUUGUGUUGUUCUUGAUGAUGAUGCUUUGGCUUUGAGUUCUGAAGAUGCUGAGACCAGUCAGAUUUUGCGGGCGGGAAAGCAAGAAGCUUUGCCCGAGAUGAUGAAGUGGCUCACUCGGGCUGCGAAAUGUCCUCAUGGUCCUUCGGUUGGGGUGAUACCAAAUCUGUCAAAAUGGAAGGAACAUACAGGAAAUGAGUACUGGAUCCAAGUUAUUAGGGCAAAAGAGGCUCUACUAGUCCAAAGACGGAAUACCGAAUCAAGAACUCAACAUUUUCUGCUUCAGGUUCACCAAAAAAUGGAUCCUUCUAUGUAUGAAGACGAUCGCCAAACAGAGAGCUUAAGAUGCAGCAUAAGGCGUCUUGAUGUAUCCAAAACCCGUUCUUGCUCAUGUUGCAAUGAAAGUCCAGUCCAUCAGACAAAACUGAGAUUUACCAAGAACAGAGAACCAAACCGCGUCUCUAAAACUGAAACACCCGAGAGAACAGACCCUGUUGCAGGAACAUCAAGGGCAAUGGCUGAAUCAUCUGAGACAGAGAUCCCUCGACGGCACGUGCCUGUAGGACCCCUUUUCCAAGCCCGAGUGCCUCAAUGGACAGAUCCCGUUUCAGACAGCGAUUCCAAAUGGUUAGGAACAAGCAUAUGGCCUUUGGAAAGUGAAGAAAACAUCGAUUCAAUCGGGAAGGGAAGGCCAGAGUCUUGCAGGUGUAGACUCCAUGGUUCCGUUGAAUGUGUUAGAUUCCACAUUGCGGAGAAGAGAAUGGACUUAAAACGUGAACUGGGUCCUGUCUUUUUCCUCUGGAGAUUCAAUCAAAUGGGUGAGGAAGUAUCAUUGGGAUGGACCGAUAGGGAAGAAAAGAGGUUCAAGGACAUGGUAAGGUCAGAUUCUCAUUGGUUCUGGGAAAAUGCUUCCAAAUGCUUUCCAAGGAAGACGAGACGACAGUUGGUGAGUUACUACUUCAACGUGUUCCUGAUUAACCGAAGGCGGUAUCAGAAUCUUGUGACUCCAAGACAUGUAGACAGUGAUGAUGACGAAACCGAUUUCGGAAGCGUAGGUUACAGUUUUGGACAUGAGGCUGUUAGGGUUUUUGGUUCAGAUAUCAUGACAUGUUCUGAGAACAAGCAGUGCAGUGACUUGGACUGAAGCAAAGAUCCGAAGGAAAGCUUUUUGGUUUUUAGAUAUGAUAGAACUCUUAGACAGAUAUGUAGAAAAGUUUUGCUUUUUCGGAAUCGAAUCUGAGCGGUUGAUCCAUUUUUGUUCAUUAUGACUGGAAUUGCUCCAGUCAUAAAGUUUC